CGGGCGCGCGGGGACCGGUGUGCGGGCGCGGGGGGCUCUGGUGGCACCGGAAAAAUGAUUUCUGAAGGCACCUCCUUCAUGAAGGGUGUGGUGCUCGGAGGAGCAUUCUGCAUGCUGGUGACACUCCUUGGACACAUUAAGGUGGGCCAGGGGACUAAAUCACAUCACCACGAGCACCAUCACAUCCAAGCUCCCAAAAAAGAAGAGGUCUUAAACCUUUCGGAAGCUGAACGCAUGGAGCUUAGUAAGAGUAUCCGUGUGUAUUGUAUCAUCCUUGUGAAGCCAAAAGAUCUGGGGCACUGGGCUGCAGUGAAAGAGACAUGGAGCAAGCACUGUGACAAGGCAGAAUUCUACAGCUCUGAAAAAGUCAAAGUGUUUGAUUCUGUAGCCCUCAACACAAACGAUAUGUGGGUGAUGAUGAGAAAAGCUUACAAGAUAACCUAUGAACGCUAUAAAGAUGAAUUCAACUGGUUCUUCCUUGCAUAUCCAACAACGUUCGCUAUUAUUGAAAAUCUCAAGUAUUUCUUACUGAAAAAAGACCCCUCACAGCCUUUUUAUAUAGGCCACACUGUGAAAUCUGGUGACCUUGAGUAUGUAGAUGGUGAGGGAGGAAUCGUCCUAAGCAUUGAAUCACUAAGACGACUCUCACGUGUUUUUGAAGACACUGACAAGUGCCCAGAGCAGGGAGGUAUGAUUUGGAAACUUGCUGAGGACAAGCAGCUAGCAAUCUGCCUGAAGUACACCGGAGUGUUUGCUGAAAAUGCAGAAGAUUCAGAAGGAAAAGAUGUCUUCAACACUAAAUCAGUCAGUGCCCUCAUUAAGGAAGCCAUGUCCAAUCACCCUGAUCAGGUGGUGGACGGCUGCUGCUCCGACAUGGCCAUCACCUUCAGCAGACUGGCCCCCAACCACAUGCACGUGAUGAUGUUUGGUGUUUACAGGCUGAGACCCUACGGCCACACAUACAAUGAUGCCCUUGUCUUCCUUCCACCUGAAGGCUCAGACAACGAUUGACUGCCCUUCAGAGAGGUUGGAUCCUUGUAUCUGGUGUUCCUGGUGUACAGCUAUGAAUUUUUUUUGCACAUUGAGGUUUGGUAAAGCUCACAUUUUAAAAGUGGAAGGAGAACUCUUUUCUAUAUCUUUUAUACAGAAAUGCUUCUGGCUUUUGACAGUGCUGGAAUGAAAUGUUGAAGUUGCUAAUGUUUAUGAUAAAAGGAAACUAAAUUUAUAUGGGGGGUUUUUACAUGUAAAUAUUUAUUAAUGAAAAUUCAAACUAACUUUAGUCUACUAUUACAAAUAUAUUUUUGCAAGAUUUUGAUUUUUUUGGUUCUUCCAGGCAUUUCUAGAAUGUCUUUCUAUCUUUGUAAAAGGUACUAAUAAAACUGACUAGACUCAAAGACCAA